GGGAGGAGUCUGAAACAAAACCAAACAACCGUCCACACCCUGCAGAGCCAGAGAGGUUCCUCCACAUUCCUGUCCAACAACACCACACUGAGAGAAAGCGAAGAGGAAGAACUGUCUGGAGACAGGAGUUUACGGAGGGCCUGACGUAGGACUGGAGAGCAGAACCACCUCAUCAUCAUCAUCAUUAGCGCCCUACUAGUCUCACCAUGAGUAAGGCAGCUGAUGAUGAAGGUGUGCCUGGUGGCCGAGGUGAACCACCAGGCACCUCGGCUCAGCAGCUGGGUGGAGAGGCUGCGGGCGGGAAGCUGCCGAGCAAACUGAGCGCUUCCUCCUUUACGCCGGGCUGGACCAAAGUCAGCUGCCCCUGCUGUGCCUCAGAGCGGGUCGAGCCGCUGGUUCGGGUGAAGCUCGGACCGAAGGUCGUCCCCGAGACGAAACGCUGGCUCAUCAAACUGAUUGGCGCUCCUCAGAAGGAUGGAGGUGCAGGGUUACUGGCUCACCCAGGCGAGGACGCCACUGGUAACAUCAUCAUGUUGUCUGCGCCGCGCUGUACGUUACUGCGAGCCACGGAGGAGCUGGGCUUGUGCAAGAUCUACCACAACAAUGAAAUGGAGGCCUUCGCUUACAACGACAGAGACAACUUUAGAGAUUCAGACAACAUGGAGGUGUUUCUAACGUUGGCUGAGCGACAGUACAUCAUAAAGUACGAGCUGGACGGUAUGAGGGCCCAGAAGGACUUGAAGAUACCCGGCAUGCCCGACAGCCGCACACUGCAGAAGCGAGACAACAUCUGGCAAAAGCUAGGACAAGCAGGUGUCAUUGUAGACACAUUUCCUCUCCACAACCCGGGCAAACUAAAGGAUCUUAGUAAAUCUUGGUACUCUGGGAAUCAACUGGCUCAGCCACUGGAUAAAGUUAACGAAUAUUUUGGUAGUUCUGUGGCCUUCUACUUCAGCUUCCUUGAUUUCUACACCUGGUCUCUCCUUCCACCGGCAAUACUGGGCCUGUUCAUCGCAUAUUUCUCAAGAGAGGUUCAGCGGGAAAUGCUGCAGUCAGUCUCUGGGUCUCAGCAGGAGGAAGUCCAGGAUGAACCAGAGCCUCUCAUCAGCGGUCACAUGCUUCAGGCCGUGUUCAGCAUGCUCUGGUCCACAGUUGUCAUAGAGCUGUGGAAACGCCGCAGUUCCUCACUGUCGUACCAAUGGGGCACACUGAACCUCGCAGAACGCUUUGCAGAGCCACGGCCAGGUUUCCACGGCGACCUCGGGGUCAACCCUGUGACCGGUCGUGUGGAGCCACUUUUCCCCGAAUGGAAGAGGGACCUGCGUAUGGCGCUGGUGUCUGUCCCGGUGGUGGGGCUGUUCCUAGGACUGGUGGUUCUGGGGAUGAUGUGUUUCUACUGGGCAGAGGCCCGGGUGCAGUGGCUGCACAAAGAUUGGAACUCCAUGAUAUCUCAGACUUUCCUCUACGUGCCUUCAGUCCUCCAUAUUCUUUACACAAAUAUGCUUGCCAACCUAUACAGGACAGUUGCCAAUUCUCUGACAGAAUAUGAGAAUCACAGAGAGGAGUCUGCCUACGACAACCAUCUGACAGGCAAAAUCUUAGUGUUCACCUUCUUCAAUAACUUUGCAGUGCUCUUCCAUAUUGCCUUCUUCAAGCAGGAUGUGACGCUGCUUCGAAAGCGUUUAGCUUCUUUGCUGAUCAUCUCUCAGCUGGUGAACCAGGUAACAGAGGUGGUCAUACCUUUCCUUGUGGACCGAUUCAUUAGCGCCCCCCACAGGACAGAGAGCGAAGAUGACCCAGAAGAGGACAAAUUUCGGAACCAAGGCACCCUACCUACUUUUCCGGGACUGUUUGCAGAAUACAUUGAGCUGCUGGUGCAGUUUGGGUAUUUGAGUCUUUUCUCCUGUGUGUUUCCUUUGACUGCUGUCCUGCUGCUCCUCAACAACCUAACAGAAAUCAGAUCGGACGCUUACAAAAUUUGCAAACUCUUCCGCAAACCCUUUUGUCCUCCUGUGGCCAGUAUGGGUGUGUGGAAGGUUGCCUUUGAGGUCUUGAGUUUUGUAUCAGUGGUGUCCAACGCUUGGCUGCUGCUGCUGUCUCCACGCCUGCAGAAGAUGAGUCAGGAGGCCGGGAUGAGCAGCAGCAACCUUCUGAUGGGGGCUGUUAUGGUGGAGCAUGUCCUGAUAUUAGUAAAGGUGAUCAUGGCAGCCCUGAUACCAGAUGAGCCUGACUGGAUCCGGAAAAAGAGGGAGCAUAUUGAAUACACAUCCAUGCAAGCCCUCAGACAGCAGAAGCUGAACGUUCAACAGUCCUAAUUUUGUUUCAAGAUUGAAGUAGUGCUCAAUGCCUCUGGAGGUAAAACCAAAGAGGACAACAGAACUCAAGAGUGUCCUGUAUCGCCCCACAGCUGUGACUUUGCUCCAAGUGUUCUUGUUGACUUUACAACUUCACAUAGUGCUUUUGCUAUUUAAGCACGUAACAUUUUAUGCAUAAUGCAAGUGCAAUUAACAAAAGCAGCUAAAAGUGUUUUUAUUCUUAAAAAUGCAGCAAAUGGAUUGCCAUGACUGCAUUCACUGCAUAGGAGUCUUAUGAGAGACUUUACUAAGGAUACAAAUUAUACAGUUAAUAUUUAAAAAAGGGACACAGUAUUUGAAGUUACUCAUUGUGCCAAAAACAGGCAGAAUAUUUGCCUCAUUGCUGCCACCUGGUGACAAUAGGCAGUUAGUGUCCAGGAUUUAUAUCAAGAGGACAAUAUCAUUAAAAAGAAAGAGUGAGCUGACUUUAAAGCUACUUUUAGCAAUAUCUGAUGUACAUUGUCUUUACCCUGGUAUUUAAUAAUAAUAAUAAUAAUAAUAAUAAUAAUAAAGUUACCAGGGAUUCCUCUAGUUAUGCUGUAAUAACUCUUGGUGCAUCUCAAUGCAAUACAUGCUCAGAAACAUUAUGACCACAAAAAUUCCAUCUCUCGUAAACGUAACAAUAACAAGACCUACCAUAUGAAAUUGUAAUUUUGCAGUACUAAUAUCUGAGUGACCUAAAUACUGUUCAUGCCACUUCUCACACACUAAACCACUUAAUUUUAAUGUCCAAAAAACACUUGAAGGUUAAGGGAUUAUUUUUAUUCUGAUUCUCAUCGGACAAGAAGAGUUGCAUUAUUGUGCCUAGAUACAACCUCUAAAUUGCACAUCCAAGAAUCUGACUUUCAAAUAAUAUCUUAAGAGGGUUUUAAGUACUGUCGUAGCUCUCCACACUUUUAGGAGGUAUUUUUUCCUGGAAACUUAGCUGCUAGCUGCUUUUCUAUUUAAACGCAGGUACAAUAACUUGAAUAAAACAACAGAUACAUGUGUUAAAUAAAUAAAAGCAUUUUAAAAUAGUUAUCCACAUUUUUAAGCAAUUUAUUGAACUAGAUUAAAAAAAUAUUCUACUCGACUUUAUCCAUCAAAAGUAUUCGCCAGCAAGUUAAGCAAUGCCAAAGAGAAGUUGAUCGGUAUGCUCUGCAACUAAGUUUCUCUGCAGGUUACCAGUCAGAUCUUCAGAUGCUUAAAUUAUUUCAUGAUUGAUUGUACCACAGAAAACAAAAAAUUAAAAACAAAUUCUACAAUAUUUGUACGUGAUUUUUACUAAAUGAAUUCAAAAGGUGAAUUCAUGCUUUGAAAAUUAACAUUUGUUUGCAUUUGUUAAGUUGCUGAUAAAUAACUAUUCCUAUCUACUGAAUUGAAACCCUUGGUUGUAACAAUUGAUAGUUUGUAUUCAAUUAUUUAGACCUAGCUAUUAAGUUUAAGGGUUUAGACAUUGUGUAACAACAUGGAAAUUUCCAAGCCUCUCAAAAGAAAGGCAAAAAUGCUUUAACAGUACAGUUUUAAAACUGGAACACUAAUUUAUUUUUAAAAAAUUAAUACGUAAACGAUGUAGGAUAGGAUGAAAUUUGUAUUGAAAUUUACUGUAUUCCCAUUAGCUGUUUUUAAGUCUUAUUGUUAGAAAAAAAUACUACUAUCUUGAAUUCAUAUCUAGUGGGAAAAGGUUUUCUUUGCCAUCUGCUGCAAAACUAAAAUACCACAAACAGCUUUUUUCCCCAAAUUUGCUUGGCAUUCAACUGCUUGGGACAAUACACUUGAAGGUCGAUUAAUAAAAGGUAUAAACUGGGCAGGUACACAGGCUUCUGAAAAAAAUGUUGAGUACCUUAAAAUAUAUCAAAUACAUAAAUUAAGCCACAAACACACAUCUCACAGAACAAAACCCAUACUGCUAAUAUAUGACAGGGUUUACUUACAGAGUAUUGUCCGUGGGCUUUAUGGUCGCUUCCAAGGAGUGAAUACUCUUCCUUCCCAAAGUCGAAACACUAAGUUACAAAUUUGUCAAAUUUCCGGCGCCAUGUUGGCUUAUGCUAGCGAACAGCUAGCUUAUCCCAACGGCAAGCUAACAGCUAGUUGUUUUUUUUAACUGCACUUUAUAGCAUACUAAAAUAUAAAUAAAUAAGAGUUUAAUUUGUUACAUUUUCAUAUACUCCGCUGUUUACUUGACGUAAACGAUAGAAUCAAGCAUCGGAUGCCACAACACUGAAGUUAGCUUAAGUUUGUUGCACCGUUUUCAUGGACUACAGAAAAACUACGGAAGGAGAUUGGGCUCAGUGAAAAAAAGGGCCAAAUUCAGGCUUUUUUUUCCCUCAGAAUUUUGACAUUAAAGUCAUUUCUAUAAUUUAUCAGCGUAAUUAAGUUAUCAUUUAUUACUGCGCUAAGAAAAGAAAAGACAAACUAAAACGUAAAGUCAAAUUUUUAUUUUUUUGCUUAGUAAUUUUCAAUUAUGGUUAAGUGUUUUCUUAAAUAUCAUUCAUGAAAACAUUUGUAUUCUAUGUUUCAGGUGUCAAUAGGAAAUUAAUGCUACGGGAAGAGACCAAAGAUAUGCAGUGAUAUUGUUUUUAAUAUUUUGUUUUAUUUUUUUAUUUGUUUGUUUAUUUUUUGUUUGUGCAUCAAUUUUGCAGUUUUAUGGCCCCAACUGCAUUAACUUAAAAGUCAAAUAAUGCAUGUUGUUAUCACGAUGAUACGUGUUCACCGAUGAUGGGUUUAUUUUGGUAUACUUAAAGUGCAGUUUUAAAACCGACAGUGAAAGUCGGUUUUUGUAUAUUUGUUCAAUUUUGACUUAUUGUAUUUAAGUGUUAGUAGUCUUUUUAGCCACCAGGGGUCGCCACACACUGACCUUGAUGGUGCUCCAGCUUGUAACAUGCAAUCCUGGUGGUUGCAGGUCUGAAGAGAUCCUUUCAACCUGCUGCAGCUGUAGAUUUGCAGACUUAACACAAAAUAUGGAUGUGUGUGUAUUUGCGUGUGUGUGUGUGGAUGUGUGCGCGCGUGUGUGUAUACUGGGUGCGCGGUGGAGGGAUGUGUAGAUGAAGACAAUCUGAUUUGAGGGUCAGGUUUUAAAAGAUGGUAGUGUUUGCUGGUUGUAAUAAUAAAGUCACUUAAAAAUGUG